AGGCAUUGUGGGGCGACGACCCCAACUCCUCGGGCGUGGUCCCGCGGCUUCCAGCAGGGGCCCGCGGCUGCAGGGCCAGGGGAUGCCCAAGAUUGCGGCCAGUGGCGCGGAGGGUGGUGCCACCUGCGGGCCGGUCUGGGCUCCGCCCAGACCCUGGCGCCACCCCAGCCGCAACUCCCUCCCAGCCCUGCCUCCGUCUCCGGCCCCAGCGCCGUGGGCCCCAAGUCAUCCCCGCCGCCCCCAGGCCCUGGGCCCGCACCCGCGCUGCCCACUGAGCGCCUCAGCCUCCUUUGCCUCGGGGAGCCACCGGCCACGCCCGCGGGGCUGGGCACCAGGGGCGACCGCGUCUGCUUCAACCUGGGCUGCGAGCUGUAUUUCUACCCGGGCUGCUGCUGCCGCAGGAGUCAGCGGUCUAUGGACCUCAAGAAGCCCAUCGACAAAUGGAUCUACAAGGGCAUGCAGCCCACCUGCCACGACUUCAACCAGUUCGCCGCCGCCACCGAGACCAUCUCCCUACUGGUGGGCUUCCCAGCCGGCCAGGUGCAGUACCUGAACCUCAAGGGGGACACCAGCAAGCUCUUCAACGAGGAGUGGCUGAUUGACAAGACCAAGGUGACAAAUCUGAAGUGGCUGCCCAAGUCGGAGAGCCUCUUCCUGGCCUCACACUCCAGCGGCCACCUGUACCUGUGCCAUGUUGGCCAUCCGUGUGCCUCGGCGCUGGCGCCGUACAGCCUGCUGAGGCAGGGUGAGGGCUUUGCCGCCUACACCACCGAUAGCAAGGCCCCUCGCAACCCGCUGGCCAAGUGGGCGGUGGGCGAGUGGCCCCUCAACAAGUUUGCCUUCUCGCCCGACAGCCGGCACCUGGCCUGGGUCAGCCAGGACGGCUGCCAGCGCGUUUUCUACUUCGACUCCAUGAUCCUCCGCAGGCUCAUGAAGAGCUACUUGGACGGGGUGCUGUGUGUGUGCUGGAGCCCAGACGGCUGCUACAUGGUGACAGGUGGUGAAGACGACCUGGUCACCGUGUGGUCCUUCACCGAGGGCCGCGUGGUGGCCCGUGGUCACGGCCACAAGUCCUGGGUCAACGCUGUAGCCUUUAACCCCUACACCAUGGGUGGUGAUGGGGAGAGGGGCAGUGAGGAGGAGGGGGAGGCCGCGGCUGGGCGCCCAGGCUCUGCCAGACGCAUCCCGCUCUUCCCGCUGCCCAAGGCCGGCUCCAUUACCUACCGCUUCGGCUAGGCCAGCCAGGACACGCAGAUCUGCCUCUGGGACCUCACCGAAGAUAUGCUGUACCCAUACCCACCCCUGGCCCGUACCCGCACCCUCCCUGGCACCAUGCUGGCAGUUGCCUGCAGCUUGUGGGCCAGCGAGCCUGGCCUGGGGCCCUGGCCCGGCUCGCUGUCCUGCUCCAACAGCCUCCCGCACCUGGAAAGUAGUGGCAAGGCCGGGGGCCCAGGCAAGGUGGCGGCAGAGCCCGGCACGCAGUGCAGCAUUGGCCACUUCGCCAUGCUCACGCUGCACCUGGGCAACAUCAGCCACGGGGGCGGUGGCGGCGGCAGGGACAAGGCCAGUGGCCCCGCGCUGUGCAGCCGCCUGGACCCUGCCAAGGUGCUGGGCACUGCACUGUGCCCUCGCAUCCACGAGGUGCCGCUGCUGGAGCCUUUGUGUUAGAAGAUCGCACUGGAGCGGGUCAGCAUGCUGCUCUUCCUGGGGGACUGCAUCAUUACCGCCUGCCAGGAGGGCCUCGUCUGCACCUGGGCCCAGCAGGACAGGACGGAGGGGACCCGUUUCCCCUUCUCCUCUCCACCAGCCACUUCCCCAUCAUCUGUGUCAGAGCUCACCAGAGGCUUUACUGCAUGGAAGUGCCAGCCACUGGGCCAGAAGCUAGCUGAGAUGACAACUCCCAACCAGGCAACUCCCCAAGUGAACAGUGGUGUGAAGCUGUGGAUGCUGGGGUCCCUGCACUGUGCAGGUUGA